CAGACGUGGCCACCUACAUCAGCGGCAGCAGAGCAGUGGAGCCGACGCACCGCCGGUGGGCGCGUGGUGUCCGGUUAAAGUGGCGAGCUGAGGCCACCGUGAGGACCAACCGGACACCUGUUCGCCCUCGUCUGAUAGCCGAGCGCCGUUUACUGCUGUCCGUUAGCAUGGCGGACACCACAGACACCGGGGGCCAGAGCCGGACGGUUACCGGUGACCCGCAGCUGGACACCGCGGUGCAGCAAUGGCUAACCUGGGACCGGAACCCCAGGACUCGGGCUCAGGUGGACUCUCUGGUGGCCGCGGGCCGUCUGGAUGACCUGAGGUCCAGGUUCUGCAGCAGGUUGAGCUUUGGAACAGCUGGGCUCAGAGCCCCCAUGGGAGCAGGCUUUAACCGGAUCAAUGAUCUCACUGUCAUCCAGUCCACCCAGGGUCUGCACGCGUACCUGUGCAGAUGUUUUGCUGACUUCAACAGCAGGGGCGUGGUUAUCGGUUUUGACACCCGAGGUCAGGAGGAGAGUGGCUGCAGCAGCAUCAGGUUGGCCAAGCUAACAGCUGCCGUGAUGCUCAGCCGAGACGUCCCCGUCCAUCUGUUCUCCUCCGUUGUCCCCACACCAUAUGUGCCUUUUGCGGUGAGGAAACUGGGAGCAGCAGCUGGAGUGAUGAUCACUGCUUCUCACAAUCCCAAAGAGGACAACGGAUACAAGGUGUACUGGUGUAACGGCGCUCAGAUCUCUUCCCCCCAUGACAAGGAGGUCCUGCGCUGUAUAGAGGAGCAUCUGGAGCCGUGGAGCGCCUCCUGCUGGGACCAGGACCUGGUGGAUGGGAGCUCUUUGAGGACGGACCCUCUGAUCCACAUCAACAGCUGCUACAUGGACGAACUCGCCUCCCUCUGCUUCCACAGGAGUCUGAACAGCAGCUGUCCAUUAAAGUUCGUCCAUUCAUCUUUCCACGGAGUGGGACACUCCUUCGUCCAGGAGGCCUUCCAGGUGUUCGGGUUUGCUCCGCCCAUCCCCGUCCCUGAACAGAAAGACCCAGACCCAAACUUCUCAUCAGUCCGCUGUCCGAACCCAGAGGAGGGGGAGUCCGUUCUGGAGCUGUCCCUUCUUCUGGCAGAGCGGGAGAACGCUCGGGUUGUCCUGGCAACGGAUCCUGACGCCGACCGCUUGGCCGUGGCGGAACGGGGCGACAGGUGUGGCUGGAAGGUGUUCACAGGAAAUGAGCUGGCCGCUCUCCUGGGCUGGUGGAUGCUGUUCAACUGGAAGGAGAACCAUCCGGACCCGGCUGACACUCAGAGGGUCUACAUGCUGGCCACCAGCGUGUCGUCAAAGAUCCUGCGGGCGCUGGCUCGGGCCGAAGGCUUCCACUUCGAGGAAACGCUCCCGGGCUUUAAAUGGAUCGGGAACAGAAUCCAUGACCUUUCCAAAACUGGGAAUCAGGUCAUUUUUGCGUUCGAGGAGUCAAUAGGGUUCCUGUGUGGCAGCAUGGUUCCUGAGAAGGACGGCGUGAGCGCUGCCGUGGUUGUGGCAGAGAUGGCCGCGUAUCUUCAGAACCAGAACCUGAGUCUGAACCAGCAGCUGCACAACAUCUACACAACGUAUGGUUACCACCUGUCCAAGACCUCCUACGUGACCUGUAACGACCCCCCCACCAUCCAAAGGAUCUUCAGUCGCAUCAGGAACUUCGAGGGCGACGGUCUGUACCCGAAGGUCUGCGGCGGCCUGUGCGUCAUUCAUGUCAGAGACGUAACCACGGGAUACGACAGCAGCCACGCUGACCUCAGAUCGGUACUUCCUGUCUUGAGGAACAGUCAGAUGAUCACCUUCACUCUGCAGAAUGGCGUGGUGGCCACGCUGAGAACGAGCGGCACUGAACCAAAGAUCAAAUAUUAUGCAGAGUUCUGUGCAGCACCAGGGCAAAGUGAUGUGCGCAGACUAGAGGAGGAGCUUCAGGGGGUGACAGCCGCUCUGCUGAAUGAGUUUCUCCAGCCUGACAAGAACCAUCUGAUCAUCUAGCUCCGCCUCCUUUUCUGAUGGUGACAUCAUAUCCUGUUUGUCUGACCUGAACCCAUGCAAAGAUAAUGCAUCCAUUUUCAGCGUCACUCUGAUUUGUGUGCUUCCUGCUUCUUGCCCCUGCAACAGAAGCGCGAUGGGUAAGUUCAGCUGCCGUGUGAUUGGUCGGCGGGCUAGAGAUCAAUCAGCUCAGAGAAACAGCUGAUCAAUAAUAACAGCUGAUGAAACUGUGGCUGCAGGUGGAAUUUGUCUUUUUUAGAACCAUUUUUGUUUGAUGUUCAAACAAUAAGUUCGUUGCGUUUUAAUCCUAAAUGAAGAUGUUUUCCGUUUCCUGUUCAUUCGACACCUGCCGUCUGAUUGGUUGAUCUGAUGAGUUUUCAUUUUUAUCUGAUGAUUGUUUUGGUUUUAAUUCAGUCGUAAAAAGUUUGUUUUAAUUGUUUUUCUGUUAUUCUCGUCCGGCCACGGCUCACAGCAGUGCAUUCUGGGAGUUGAUUCCUGGAUGCUAACUAUGAAAGAUGUUGACGAAACCAGCUGACAAUCACAUGAUCAUUUCAGGCUUUUUGUUUAAGGAAACUUUUUGUGUUUGUUGCUGAAAUCAGCUGGCCGGUGCCUGACGUGCACUCUGAACUUUUUGUUUAUCAGGUUGUUUUGGAGUUAUUUAUUUUUUAUAUUUGUAUCAUAAUGCUGUUCAGUGCAACACAGUCUCUUAUUUUGGUAAAGUUCGUGCCGCUUCCUGUUUUGAACCAGCAGCUGAUCGAGUUUGUAUUGUUGCAGUUUCAGUGCUUCUCUGAUCAAAAUAAACCCAAAGUCAAAGAUUUUA